CAUAAAACUUUAAAGAAGAAGAUACUAUUUUUGUUUUUAGCAGGAUGGAUGAGAGCUAGCUAGCUAGCUAGACCAAAUAUUCAGCUAUCUAAUGUAUUUGCAUCUCAGGUGCCAGGUAUCUAAUUUAAGCAAUUCUACACAAUUACCGAGGUGUACAUAGUGGAUUAGCAAGCUAGUUUGAUAUAAUGCAAUAAUAGCCACUUUACUAAAUUAGCUAGUUUAGUUACCAGUAUUUGUGAUAAUAAAUGACCCUGUAUUAUACAUUUUAGAUCGCCAGCUAGCCUGUAAUUUAGUGUGUUGGCAGACCAAGUUCUGAACAAUCAUGACAUUAUCCAUAAACUAUUUAAAAGAGUGAAUCAGCAAAACAAAUAAAAUAUUAAAUGCGGUAUUCAGGAUAACGUUUCGGUGGUCCUCUAUCAAACAUUUUCCACUGCGCUCAGCACCACGCACACGCAUGGAUAAUAAUUAUGUUGAGUCGGCUGGUCGAGCUGUGCUCGAAAUGAUGCAGCGUGAAUGGGAGCCUCUUUCUCAAGACGAACUGGAGCAACGAUUGGACCGAACAGUGGAAGAAAUUCUUGAAGCUAACCUCCUAGCAAAGGUUCAGGACCAGCCUGGACCAAUCUACCUACAACUGUCUCAACUGGUGGAAGAACCUCAACAGAAAAACCAAAUUCGGUCAACAACAGAACUUACAACACUUUCUCAUGUAGAAGAGUCUGAAUCUCAACAGUUAACUGAUGCUGAGGAAAACGCUGCAGUUCAGUACAUUACAGAUCUCCUCCAGAAUUCAAACUCAAGAUACAAUCAGAGCCGUAUGGCAGGACGUGCCCGCUUAUCCCUGUCCCACACUGUUCUCCUGUCCCUCACCCUCCUCUCCAAGCGCCUCAGCUAUCGCUCUGUGUCUACCAGUUUCCACCUGGAAAAAGGAAACAUUCAUAGGAUCUUCUUUUCCUUUUGUGAGCGUGUGAACACACUUGAGGACCAACAAAUUAGAUGGCCGACUGGCAUUGAGGCUGUUGAAAACCUCCCCCCCCUCUCCAGCCUGCUGGGGAAAGCCAAGGGCUUGGAAGAGAAGGGCGUCCCCAGGGUCCUGGGAGUCUUGGGGCACACCCGCAUCCCCAUCCGCCUGCCCAUUGGCAAACAGGAUGUGGAGAGCACGAUGCCAGAGGUAAAGAGGAUGAAGGAGGCCCAUCCCGACUCCUGGCUGAACCUGGAGCUGGUGUGUAACCAUACAGGCAGGUUGAUACACUGCAGAAUCAGCAAGGGAUCAGACCUGGAUAGAGCCAGUGCUCUGAGGGACAAACUCAAACAGCUCCCUGAGAUGAUGCCCCCGGGGACCUGCCUAGUGGCUCGAGUUGGAUAUCCAGCCUCUGCCCAGAUAUUGACCCCGUAUGUAGUGGGUCGUGGCCCCAGGGGAAAUCUUUACAACAGGUCCCUGGAAGCCCAUUUUUACCUCCUGGACCAGGCUGUGGCUGACCUGAAAGCCAGAUUUGAAAGGCUCAGGUAUUUGGACAUGGGGAACUAUGAAAGAGCCAAAGCAGUUGUCCUUACUGCUUGCAUACUCCACAAUGUAUUUCUGGACAUGGGGAAAGUGGUCAACGGACAGGUUGAGAGGGAGGCAGGGACACAGGAGGGAGAGGGGGAGUGUGAUGAGGAGGGUGUGAGGAGAAGGGAAGCCAUCGCAGAUUUGCUGUACAAAGAGUUGGAUUCUGAAAGUACAUAAAGUGAUUUAUAAUUUUUGUGUUUGUAUUGAGAUAAAAUAUACAAUAUAAAUUCUGUUAAGGAAGAGUAUCACAGCAAUAUCUUGUAUUUUAUACAUAUGUAGGAUUAUUUGUAUCCUAUUGCAGAUCUAUGUACAAUAUGCCCUGUGUAGCCUUCUUCUCAUUCACAGGUAUCACAGGGAAUUCCUGCACUGAACUCCUUUGUCAAAUGGUGUUAUUAUAGCAUAAUAAAAACGUAUACAAUGACAAAUCAUGACAACACAAAGUAGCUGAAUGGUUGAACGCUUAAGAAACAUUUGCAUGAUGCAGUCUUUCAUUCUAUGCACAAGCUUCUAUAUAUCACACAAAAUCCAAAAGUUUUUAGUUCCAUGAGAACUCCUUUGCUCGGGUGUGCUGUACUGCUACUCUGGCAGCUGGAAACUGUUGUUUUGACUGUGAGACAAACUGGAGAUUGCACGGGCUAGAUUAUUGAUGGCAUCUAUCUUCCUCUCCUCCAGGGCCUUCUGCUGGGCCCACAUGUUCAUCUUCCUCUCCUGCAGUUCCAUGUACAGCUGCAGAACAUCCUGGGGGGGCCUGGAAGCAAAGGGGGCAGCUGUCAGGGAGGGUGUCGGAAGGAUGGGGGUAAACCGCUUGCUGGCAAUAGCCUUGCCCAGCUUGGUCCCAUUGAGUUUGGACCUGCGCUGUGCCUCAAUCUCCUCUCGACUCUUCCCCAGGACCACAUGCAUGGCCUUGAAGAACUCCCAGUGGACACUCUGGGCCCCCAGUCUCUUGGACCUCUCAGCGUUUUUCCUGUAUGUGGCCAACAUGUUACGCCACUUCAGAUCACACUCAUAGGCCUUGACUGUGACAUCUGUGCUCCCAGCUGCUCUUAGCUUGGCAGUCACUCUCUCAGCCACUGUCUCCCACAGUUUCUUUUUCUUGCACACUGGCUGGUCAAAAUCCUGGUCCAUUUCGAGGCGGGUUUGGACAAGUUGCCAUGUGGCUUGUAAAGUCCAUACAAACUCUGGAGAAGGGAAGUUAAUAAAUGUGUAUAUAUAAAAACAAUAU